CCGGCACCCACCUCUCAAGCCCAACCACCCUGCACUUUGCUCAUCUCUCGCUCCUCCCUCCCCCUUCUCAAGCCGACCUCGCUUCCCCCUGCCAAUCCUCGCCGUUGGCGCCGCCUAUGUUCCGAGCUGAGCGAGCUAUCGCCGCGGCCUCACGGAUCGUGGUCUCCUCGCAUCGAGCCACCUCGUCUUCCACUCUCGCCCCCACGCGCCUGCGCCAGCUCACCUGUCGUCCUCUUGGUUCGGCACUCCUCCCGAGUGUCCUCCCCGGUCGCUCGCGCCGCUUUCCCGCCCGGCCCCCUUGCACUGGCACCGGUCUCCGGCACUACAGUAAUCUCCCCUCCAGCACGACCAUGACCAGCCACACCCCGGCGUCGGACGCGGCUCCCGAAUCACAGCCCCGUGCCUUUGCCCUGCCCUUUGUCGGUGCCAUUGACCAGGGCACCACCAGCACUCGGUUCAUUGUCUUCGAUCGCGCCGGUGCCAUGGUUGCAAGCCAUCACGAGAAGUUCUCCUCAAUCUUGCCAAAGGAGGGAUGGGUGGAGCAUGACCCGCACGUCCUGCUGGACACGGCGAACCGCUGCAUCGCGGCCUGCCUCGCCAGCAUGGAGGCGCUCGGCUUUCCGAAGGACAGCAUCAAAGCCGUCGGUGUGACCAACCAGCGGGAGACCCUGGUUGUAUGGGACCGCUCCACCGGGAAUCCACUCUGUCCUGCCAUUGUGUGGAAUGAUACCCGCACGGUGGGCACCGUCAACCGCCUGACUGCCGGGGCCAAUGACUUCCUGGACACGCUCAGUCCGGCGGAGCGGGACACUGCCAAUGCCGCUGGUGUCCAGGCCACCCCGCGCGCCGACUCGGACUUUUCCCGGCGCAACAUCUUCCAGCGUCUGUGUGGCCUGCCCCUGGCGACCUACUUCUCGGCCCUCAAGUGGCGCUGGCUGGUGGAUGCUGAGGCGGAGCCCGGCGCAAAGGCGCGGCCGAUCGCCGACACCCGCGCCCGCGGAGACCUUUGCGUGUCGACCGUGGACAGCUGGCUGAUUUGGAAUAUGACCGGGCGAGCCUCCUUCGUUACGGACGUCACCAAUGCCAGCCGCACAAUGCUUAUGAACCUGUCAACGCUCAAGUGGGACCCCCUCCUUUGCCGCUUUUUCGACAUCGACCCUGCGUGUCUGCCGGAAAUCCGGUCCUCCGCCGAGGUGUAUGGCCACUUCGCGAAGGACCAUCCUCUGGCGGGGAUCCCCCUCUCCGGCUGCGCUGGUGACCAGCAGGCCGCUCUGGUUGGACACUCCUGCUUCGCUGACGGCGAUACCAAGAGCACUUAUGGCACGGGUUGCUUCAUUCUCUCCAACACGGGUGAGAGGCCCGUCUUCUCCAAGCAUGGCCUGCUGACCACGGUGGCCUAUCAGAUGGGUCCCACCGCCCCGCCAGCCUAUGCUAUCGAGGGCUCCGUUGCGUGCGCCGGUGUCGCUCUCGAUUGGCUUCGCGACAAGAUGGGUGUGGUCAAUACCACCGAGGAGAUUAGCACAUACGCUGCUGAGGUUGACACGACGGCUGGGGUCCAUUUUGUGCCGGCCUUUUCCGGUCUCUUUGCUCCAUACUGGCGCUCAGAUGCCCAGGGUAUCAUCACCGGGCUCACGCAGUUCACCGACCGCAGGCACCUCUGCCGUGCGGCGCUCGAGGCCAUCGCGCACCAAACGUGCGAUGUGCUGGAUGCCAUCCAGAUGGACCGCGCGUCGGCGGCAGGCGACUCGAGUGCCCAGCCCGACACCACGCUCUAUGUGGAUGGCGGUGUCACGCAUUCGGACUUCCUGGUGCAGCUGCAGUCGGAUUUGGCCGGCGUGGCUGUCGAGCGCCCGCACAUGCGCGAGGUGACCGCCCUCGGGGCGGCAUAUCUGGCCGGCGUUGGUGCUGGCCUCUGGCCCCAUGCCACCGGGCCGGACGCCGACCAGGCCAGUCUCCUGGGCAGCCGGCAGUCUUUCCGGCCGAACAUCGCUCCCGAGAAGUGCCAGAUCAUGCGCCAAGACUGGAAGCAAGCCAUCGCCCGGUCCUGUGGCGACCAGGUUGCUCGCCUUUGAGCAGCAGAAGAGGAUCCCUCCCUCUCGCACAUUCUCGACUUCUGCCUUGACUCCCCCCCCCCCCCC